GUUGUGAUUGGUUAAUAUGGAGAUCUCAGGAGUGGGUAAAUCACCAAACUCAUCACUGUCUUUUAGAUACAAUGCCAACAAUGAGGAACUAGAGGAGCUGUACCAUGUGUGUGAGGACGACCCUCCAACGCCGCAGUGCGACCCCGCCCCCGCCACGCCGGGAGAGAACGCCAGCCCCAAGAGAGGAGAGAGGUCUUCAUCAAUCAUAGAUAAAUAUUUUAAAUCCAUUCGUGCUGAGAAACCUGUUGAAAAGCCUGAGGAUGCAAAGCCUGUUGAGAAUAAACCUGCAGAAGAAGCUAAACCUGUUGUGGUGCCUAAGGAAGUUACUUCGUCUCCUAUGAAGGAGUAUUUGAACCGCUUGGGUAAGAGAAGCACUUCAGAGGUUUCUCCCGAUGUUAAAGAAGGAACAAAUGAAACUUGGAAGAUAUUCCAUGAUUUCAAAUUUAAGAUUGCUCAGGCAGUUGAAGAUAUGAAAACUCGCUCAUUAGAGGAGGGAAAGGAAAAAUCACUUCCAAGAGAUAAUUCAACAUCAGAUUCUGAAGAAAAUUCAGCCAUUAAGGACUCCGACCAGCAAAGUGUUGGAGAUACAGACAACCAGGUAUCUUCACUAGACAGCAGUAUACAGAACUUAUCGGAAAUGACGCAACCACUGACGGCUAAGGCCACUGAACGGGAAUCAAGUCUUCCUGUUGAUAAGAAUCACUCGGAUUCCAGCGACGAUACACAUAAGAAUUUAAUAUUCAAUGACUCCGGAGAAUCUCGAGACAUUCUCAGCGACAGCAGCAUUAUGGAAGUGGAGUCUGGUAUCGAGGCGUUGGAGGACAACAUCGACGGUUUCGGCGACAUACACAACGUGGACCCGCACUUCCAGAGCAACAAGCCCGUGGAAACAGACCCCAUGUCCUCCCCACACGCUCACACCACCUUCGGUACACCCCCGAGCAAGAGCAACUCCAAAAUACCAUACUCCCCAGACAGUCCAAAAAAAUACUUCUUCAAUUUUUCAAUGUACUUCCUGACAUUCCUUAUUUUGAUAAACUAUUUACUAUUCCCUAACUCGAAUAUUUGGAAUGGGUUCGUUCUGGGCUUGUGGUUCUUUUGUUUUACGAGCAACUUGAAGAGUUGGUUGCUGGAUACGUAUUUCAGCGAAGAGCCGAAGAGCUCGACGCUGUUGCAGCUGAAGCGGAGUAGCGCUAUGCCACCUACUUACACGAUACCUUCGGUGAAGGAACAUAGGCCUAUCAAGAAGUAUGAGGGCUGGAUAAACCACUACAGAUUCCCGGACUAUGAUCCGUGGACAUAUCACAUUAACAAAACAACGACAGCGUUUAUGAAGCUUGAAGGGUGUAAUCUAAGAAUAUCAUAUACAAGCACGAAAAUACCGAAGAGAGCGCUUUGGGACGAAAAGCUUGAUAAGGUAGCGUUUUAUCAGCACAGGUUAUAUAACCUGACUGGAGCGAGAAUUAUAUUGAUGCCGAAAGGACUGGUCAAGAGGAGACAAUGGAGCAAAAAAUAUCCGAUUUGCGUAAUACUGAACGACAAAGAGAAGAUUCAAGUUCUAGAGAAGGAGAACUCGGCUAUGGACAAGAAGGCGGCAGAGUCUCAAGCGGACAAGAAGAAGGAACAGCAACAGCAUGAGAUGGAGACCGAGACCAGUGUGAGUCCGGAGAAGAAGAAGAAAUUUGUAUGGAGAAGAAGGGAGAAAAGAUUAUCUAUGGACCUCCUUGCUCGAGAAAGAAUGAAAUGCGAAUGUCUUUCGCAUUCCGACGGCGAAACGGGGAAAGAGGGGCUUAGACAUAGGCUUGUUAGAAAAAUGCACAGAGAUAAGAAGACGGAUAGCGUGUCUACUUCAACGGAACCGUCCGAGACCCAGAGUCAGAUUCAUGUGCAGACAGACCGGGGGGUGUUCUUGGAUGAUUCGUUCCAUGACCUGCCGCAGCCGUCCGAGCGAGACCUGGCUUCCACCUCGGCCACUAGCACUAAGGACGAUGAUAUUGAAGACAUUGAUGAUAGCGAAUUGUCCAAAUUUAAAGACUUUUUGGAGGAGACUGAGAUGGAAAUAGCAGCGGAUGGCACGGGCGAGGGUGAGUGGAGCGUGCACGUCAAGCGCACGAGUGAUAAGCAUUCACAUCUGUACCUGUUCGCGCGCACCGGCAGGGAUAAGCAUGAGUGGUACCGCCGCCUAAUGAUUGCCGUAACGGAGGGUAACGCGGCAUCAGCGGAGACUUCAGCGGCGGACGAGAAGCCGGCGCCCGAGACGACGACUCCCGAAACCCGCGACAACAUCGAAAUGGCCGUCUUCAAGGUCACCGAGAAAGACACCGUAGCCUUCGCUAAAGCUUCCAGCAAAACUCUAGACUCCAAUAUAUCGGACGGCGGCGGCGUCACGAUAACUUCGAUAUCACAACCAAUGCCCCCAGAAACGGACUACGAGAAAACCUUCUGGCCCUACCUACUGAAGAUCAUACAGACCCACGAGAUGACGUUAAAACAAACGACGGAAGUGGCCGUCCUCUGUCAGAUAGAGCCGUCGCCUCGAGAACGCAAGAAGAAGAGGAAAGAUAACAAGAGUCCGACUCCGGAAUGCCAGUGCCGCAUGUUACCGGCGGAAGUGACGUGGGUGAACACGAUGCUGGCUCGGCUCAUGUACGACGUGAUGAGGGAUCCUGUCACCAUCGCGCGUCUGCAGAAUAGGAUACAGAGGAAACUUAAUACGCUUAAGCUACCAUCGUUCAUGUCCCCGCUGGUAGUGACAGAGCUCUCCCUAGCGGGGGCGUGCCCGCUAGUGGAGCGGGUGCAGGCCCCCGCGUGGGACGCGCGCGGCGUGUGGCUGGACGCAGACCUGCGCUACGACGGCGGCGCCUACAUAGCCAUACUCACGCAGAUCAACCUGCUGAAGCUUAAGGAAAAGAACGUGACGUUGGAAGAGGAGCUGAUGAAGCCAGCCCCGUGCGAUAACCUCGUGGAUCCGGCCGAGAUCGACGCCAACCUUUCCGGGCCCGUGCUCUCUAGGACAACGUUGCGGACUCGCAAGCCCGCGAUAUUCGACUCGGACGUGGAAGACUCGGCGGAGUCCAGCAGUGAUGACGAGAGCCCGCCCGUGCAGCCCGUCGACAGCAACGAGACCAUCGGCUCUACUGAUACCGUGAUAUCUAGUACGGCCACGGAAGGAGGUUCUUCCAAAAAGAAGUUCUUACGUAUGGUCGACAAAAUAGCCACAAAUAAAUAUUUCCAACAAGUGACGGACUAUAAGUACGUGAAGCGCGCGAUGGAAGGCCUGUCCAACACGGACAUCAAGCUGCACUUGGAAGUGCACGCGCUGGAGGGACGCCUCGCCUUCAACCUGCCGCCGCCGCCGCACGACAGACUCUGGAUCGGGUUCAGAACGAACCCGCAACUCGUAUUAAAAGCCCGGCCAGCUGUCGGCGCGAGGACUCUCCGCUUCGCCCACAUCAGCAACUGGAUCGAACAGAAGCUCAGCAAGGAGUUCGAGAAGGUUCUAGUACUUCCAAACAUGGAGGACAUCAUCGUGGACAUCAUGACGCCCACGCCCGUGCAGUUCGAGUGAAUGUACGUAUAUGUGUUGUAUGAGUGUACGCCAAGCGUUCAAGUAUUGUGACUUUGAGUUGGUACUAUAACCUCAUUUUUAUGUGCCGAUGGUGUGUUAGGAAAAAAAAGAAAGUCUGCCCCUGUUUUAUUGAUAAUUCUACAAGAAUUAAGCUUGUUAGUAAUCGCUUAAAUGUUAAAAAUGACAAUUAUUUUCGUUAUCUUUUGCGUUAGAAGUUGCAUAAACAUUUCCAAAGCACUUAGCUAUAUGUUUCGUGCAUAAACUAAGACUUGUCGUUUUCAUUCAUUUGAGCGAUUUCAUUAGCAUUUUGGCUUGUAGAUAUGUCAGAUUUAUAGAGGGCUCUCGUCUAUAAAAACACUCGUAGAGUGAAUUAAUCUGUAAAACUUGAGAACCCUGUAUUGUAACUCGGUUUCCCAAACUUGUUAAAAGAGGGUAAAAUAAAUUUGCUUUAUGUAAUUAAAAAUUACAUUCAGCGUUCAAAAAAAAACGUAAACGGUAUUAUUCUCAAACACAGGAAUAUUGAUUAGUGUGUAUGUCAUCUGAAAGUGUUAAAAAUAUGUAUAUUAGACAUUUAUGUUAGUGACACAGAGUUCUAACUGCCGUGUUGCCAACAGUUUUCAACAAUAGAAAGAUGAAACAAUAGAAUUCAAUGAAAGUAAUAUCAAUCUUUAAAACCAGAUAAAUACAAGCUAUAAAAAGUCCUGGCUUUUGUAAGUCAAAGUAGAUCUAUAGAAUGCCACUGACACCGCCUUUAUUUCUAUGGAAUUAAAGAUCAUUUUACUUCCUAAGUUGAUGUCAACAGACCUAUAGUAAAAGGAUGCAAGUAUUCUGGUUCUUUCAUUAUGUUAACAGCGAUAAUAAACAUCGAAUCAAAGUUUUACUUAGUUUCUUACUUGACUUUUAAGAAGUGUGAUUAAACCACAAAAUAAGCAUUUUAUCCAGCCAUCGUUUUUAGUAUUGUGUUAACUUAAGAUUUACUUUUAUUAUAACAAAUUGUUUGUUAACCUUUUACAAAACAUUUGGAUACAACGUAAGAUUUAAAAAUUAACUUUAUUUUGCUCUGAAGAAUUCCGACGAUGUUUAAAUUACAUUACUUGAUAUUAAAUUUCUAAAUUUUAAUUUUGAUAAUAUCUUGCCUUAGAUCAAGAAAAUUGUGCAAUAAUUGAGAGGUUAACGCACAUAAAUUGUUAAGAGCACUUGAAAUUGUUGACUUUGUCUUAACAAAGAACGUUUAUGAGCUAAAACAUACGUAACAUAAAAAUUACAGCAAAAGCGUAUGUGCAAUGAUUAGAUUUAUAAUAUAAAAAUAAGAUGUAAAAUUUAUGAAAUAAAAAAUAGAAUUAGCAUUUAAAAAUAUAUAAAACUUAUUGUGUAACUAUUUUUCUUUCUUGUUGAGAAUAAAUUCAAUUUUAUGAUAUACAUACACGUUGAAAAAAAUAUAUCUUACGAUAGUCGAGGUUCUCUGCAAUCAUUGCUGUUACAUCGAUAGGUACUCACCAUUCAGUGCUGAAGUAAAUAAAUAGAUGCGUCGUUAAUAUCCUAAAACGCAGUAUUAUAGUUUUUCUAAUGUUUAGUUUUUUUUUUGUGUGGUGGUAUAAUUUUCGGCAAGUUAAUUGAAUUAUGACGUUGCCAAAUGCGAUUUUGAUGGACAGGGGUCUGCCAACACAUAACUCUUCCUCUAGCCAAGAGACGUAGAAUUGUGAUUUGGUGUGCAGUUGUGGAACAAACAUUCAUGAUGAGUGUGUCGUAAAACUGCAAUAUUUGUACCAAUAUUACUGUAGGACGUGUUGAUAGGCGCCCUGGUAAAGUCUUUCAUUACUCAAGUUUCUUGCUGAUCAUUAGAAAAUGUAUUUAACGUAUUUUUAACCAAUUGAAUAUUAUACAUUCUGGCACAAGGUGUACUGUUAGUGCUGUUAGUGUCACAUACAAUACAAGGAAUAUACUUUACGUUUAAGAAUAUUUAUGUAUAUUGAGGUAAUGUUUAUUUUCAUCUUUAGUGUAUUAUUUUUAUUUAUUUUAACUGUGAUGUAACUAUUAGUUAACCUGUAGAUUAUCUUCUUGUUUAUGCUUUAGGUAUUAUGUUCCAUAAUAAUUUAAUGUCGCCAUAUAAAUAAUUUUAUUUGUGUUUCAUAAUAUUUCAUUAUUUUUGAGGAAGAAUUUGUUUUUUCACCACCACUUUUACUCAAACGAGCUUCCUCGCGUUACAAAUAAAUAUUUUCGACAAUAAUUCCGUCUUAACCUGUUAUUAGUAAUCGCAAUAUCAAAUUUUAUAAAUAACGAGACUAUAAAAAUAUAAAAUAUAUUGUAUAUCUAUGAAAAUAAAUUAAUAUUUUGAAGAGUAUUGACUUAAACUGUAUAAAUGUUAAUGAUCAUUCAUAUUUUUCUAGUAGUUGGUAACAUUUCUAAUGUGUUUUCUAUUGGCUUCUUCUAGUAAUCGUGUUUCACCUGUUUUUCGAAUUCGCUAUUAAAUUCUUCAUUAUUUCUAAAUUCGUCGCACAAGUGUCUUUUGAUUGGCUUGCACGUAGCACAGUUUUUCGUUUUUUCUUGAUGUGUCGUAAAUUGCAUUUUUCAUUGUGCGUUUGACAUUAAAAUGUCUGGUGAUUAAAUAUUAUAUGUUGUAGACGUAAACAAGAAUCUUUGUUGGUAUUUGCUUCUAUGUUAGGAAAAGAUUUGUAUUAUUGAAUGUGAAAAUCAGGCGUGUGCUGUUGCGAAGGUUAGGAACCAUGAAGGCUGAUUGUAACUUGCUCAUUAAUUGGCGGUGACGGCGUGUGUGUGCUAAAUAGUACGAAUUUAAUGUUAAAUUGAAUGUUUGGACUUAUAGACUAAAUUACGGAAUAAAUAAUAAAAUGAAAAGAAUGAAAAAAUAUAAACAAAAAUAGCAAAACUAUUCUGUAAUUUAAUCUAUAAUUAUUAUGCUGCUUAGUAUUAAUUCUUUUUUUUAUAUUGCUACUAUAAUUAAUAUAUUCACAGAGAAUGCCAAAAAUCCGUUUUAUAAUAGACACUCGUUUUGUAAGACUUAUUUUGCAACCUUUAUAAUAUAUUACGUAAAUGUAAGUCUUAUGAAUGUUUGGAUCAAUAUUGUUGCCUACAUCCUCUAUUGGAUAUAUUGUUUUAGUAUAAAUUCUAAACUUGUACUGUAUUGAUGUUCUAAAACAAUAGUGAAACGUAAAUGUUUGUGUAAGUUUUAGUUACUCUACCGAUUUAGAUACUCAAUUUGCUCCGACAAGUAGUUUACGAAGACGUAUAUUUUGAAAA